CAAAGCCUACCUGUAUAGUAUAUCAAAACACAGCAUUAAUCAGUCUCUCUCUCUCUCUCUCUCUCUCCCCAAAUCAAAACAAAACAACGUUAAAUCCCAAAUCCUUCCUUGGUUGAAACCUCGUAAAGGCAAAACCUCUAUCCUUUCUCCUCACCGAGAUUCGUCCUCUCGCUUCAUGGGUCUGUUCUCCAAUCUUCGAGGACCCAGAAUCGGAGCUGCCCACGACGAAUUGCCUCUAGCAAAUGGCUCUUCUUCUUCUUCGUCGUCUCACUCUUCAUCAAUCAGGCGAAAGCUGUCGAAUUUAUUACCAAUCUGCGUGGCUCUGGUAGUCAUCGCCGAGAUCGGGUUUCUGGGUCGGCUCGAUAAGGUCGCUUUGGUCGAUACGUUGACCGAUUUCUUCACUCAGUCUCCGUCGCUCUCUCAGCCUCCUCCGCCGAGUAGAUCCGAGAGGAAGAUCGAUGUGGUGGGGACGGAGAAGAUCUGCGAGGAGUGGUUGACGAGAGAAGACUCGGUGACUUACUCGAGGGACUUUGGUAAAAAUCCAAUCUUUAUCUCCGGUGGUGCCAAGGACUUUCAAUCUUGCUCUGUCGAUUGUACAUUUGAAGCUAGCGCAGGUAAGACACCAGAUGCUACGUUUGGAUUUGGUCAUAAACCUGAAACUCUUGGCAUAAUCCGUUCCAUGGAAUCAGCUCAGUACUAUCCUGAUAAUGAUCUCUCACAGGCACGACGGAGAGGUUAUGAUGUUGUGAUGACCACUAGUCUUUCAUCAGAUGUUCCUGUUGGGUACUUUUCAUGGGCGGAGUAUGAUAUUAUGGCUCCAGUACAGCCUAAGACCGAGAGGGCUAUUGCAGCUGCUUUUAUUUCCAACUGUGGCGCUCGUAAUUUUCGGUUGCAAGCACUUGAAGCCCUGAUGAGGACUAGAAUCAAGAUUGAUUCUUAUGGUGGUUGUCAUCGAAACAGGGAUGGAAAAGUUGACAAGGUUGAAGCACUCAAACGCUACAAGUUCAGUUUGGCUUUUGAGAACACCAAUGAGGAGGAUUAUGUCACUGAGAAGUUCUUCCAAUCUCUAGUUGCUGGAUCUGUCCCUGUGGUUGUUGGUGCUCCGAAUAUAGAAGACUUUGCUCCUGCUUCCGGCUCAAUCCUUCAAAUCAAGAGUAUGGAAGAUGUGGAGCCAGUUGCAAAGAGAAUGAAGUAUCUCGCAGAUAACCCUGCUGCUUAUAAUCACACACUAAGAUGGAAGUACGAAGGUCCUUCAGAUUCUUUCAAAGCACUUGUUGAUAUGGCUGCUGUGCAUUCUUCUUGCCGUCUCUGCAUUUUUCUGGCUACGAGGAUCCAAGAACAAGAAGAGAAAAGCCCUAGUUUCAAGAAACGGCCUUGCAAGUGCACCAGGGGAGGAUCAGACACAGUUUAUCAUGUUUUUGUUAGAGAAAGAGGCCGUUUUGAGAUGGAAUCCAUCUUUCUGAGGGGUAAGAAUCUGACUCUGGAAGCUUUGGAAUCUGCGGUUGUGGCCAAGUUCAAGUCAUUAAAACAUGAGCCGGUGUGGAAGAAGGAAAGGCCUGAAAGCUUAAAAGGAGAUAACGAGCUUAGAGUACACAAGAUUUACCCGCUUGGCCUCACGCAGCGACAAGCUUUGUACAACUUCAAAUUCGAGGGAAACUCGAGUCUAAGCACUCACGUUCAACACAUCCCUUGUGCUAAGUUUGAGGUUGUCUUCGUGUAGUUUCAUUCUCAAAGAUCUAUUUCUCGUCCUUAGUUUUGAAGGCAUUUCUCUCUGUGUUAAAAUCGCAAAAGUGCAAGAAACCGAUUAGAAAAGACAACGUCAUUUAAGUUAUGACACUGGUUUGUUUUAGGCAAGAGAUUUCUCUGUGUAAAUCAUUCGGACAUUGCAGAUGAUUUGUUGUUGCUUUCUUGGUG